ACACCAGUUUAAGGGAAAGGUUAUCACAAUGUUACUUAGCAAUUCAGGUGUAAAACAAAACUAUCACUUCCAGCUCUUCUCAGGCUGCCUCACUCAAGGAAGUGGAGAACAGGGUCUUUUGUCACUCCUAUCUGGUUGGAAGCAAAGAAAGCAGAAAGGAGAAACGAGCAGCAAUUGUCCUGCACAACUCCUGGUCCUAUCCUUACCUGUGCACAGGCCAGGCCAAAAAGCUGCCAUAGAAAAGAAUGUGUCCAAGCUGUCUUAUAAGCAGAUGAAACAACAGAUGAAACAGCAGAUGAAAAUUUAGAACAAAAGAAGAAUGAAAAAAGAAUCCCAAACUUUAGUCACAAUCUGUUUUCUAAAUCAGUGUAGUUGUGCUUUCUCCUUACUGCAGAACUGAGAAAUGGCUCUAAAUAGAUGUGACAGAUAAUGAGUGGAAAAGCAAAGUAAUAUUAACCAUUGAGAGAUCUUUAGUAUUAUAAAGAAAUUGCUUUUCCUCACUAGGUAAAGCUAAGUGGUCUAAAUCAGUAAAAGGACGAGACAUUUGGCAGCUUGGCACCAAUGCUAAGGAAGCCAAUAGCCUACCCUGCUUUCUCCAUUUGUCUGGUUCUCAUUUUGGCUGGAUUCCUUGGCAUGCACAUCAGUUUUGUCAGAAGUCAGGAGAACCACACACUAAUUUUCACUAAGGAAAACACAAUUCACAACUGCAGUUGUUCCAUGCCUAUCCGUGACUGCAAUUACUGCCUGGCAAACUUGGUGUGCAACUGCAAAACAGUGCUACUUUCUACCAUGGAAAAAAAUACCUACAACAGCCACCUGACCAUCUGGUUCACACACACCUCUGUGCUGGAGAUGAUCCUCAGCUUCCAAAAACUUUGGACAGAGGUUUACAGGGAUUUGAAGCUGUCCUUCUGUAGCACCACUCCUCUCCCAGCGGAAUAUUUGGACGUUUGGGGACUUUGAAAGCUCCAGGCAAACAAGGUCAAGGGACAAUUUCCAGAGCAGAGCGUGACUAUCUCCAGUAGCAGCAUCAAUGACAAAGAGGACUUACUUGAGGUGCACAACAAAGACAGGCAAAUGCUUGCACAUAUUUAUUUUUCUGGAUAUCUCUCACUUUUCAAUGGAUAUUCAUUGCUGAAGUCAUCCAGUGGGGAAAAUGUCUCUAGUAUCAUUAAGCACUUUCCCAGCCUGCUGUACUCUGAUGUCUUCUCAACUUCAGACAAUGAGAGCUGUAAUAUUCAUUUACUGAGUUAUUUAACACAGUCAGUAGUGAGAGGCAUAGGAGGUUGCUAAGAGUGAUGGGAUGCCUUUAAGUUUGUCUGGUUUGUCCAGGAGGAUGUGUUAGGGGACUGUGAGAGAACUCCACAAGGAGGUGUUUGAAGUGAGAGGCUCAUCAGAUUAAUUCAGCAAAGCUUUUCUUAAAGAACAAAAUAAAUGUGAAACAGCUGUUUUCCAAAGCAUUGUUAGGUUUUUUUUUGUUUAUAUAUUCUAGGUUGACAAUUAAAAUCUGCAGAUAAAUUUUGUUUUCAGGUUUUGCCUUGACAGAAAAAGGCAUAUCCAUGUAGCUCCCAUUGCAGAAGAAUCCAAGCCAAUCAGAAAAAAUAUAUGAAAACUUCUGUCCACAGAAGCUGUGGCUGCCCCAUCCCUGUGAGUGUCCAAGGCCAGGCUGGAUGGAGCUUGGAGCAACCUGCUCUAGUGGAAGGUGUCCCUGCCCAUGGCAGGGGGAUUGAACUGUGUGGUCUCUAAGGGCCCUUCCAACCCAAACCAAUCUGGGAUUCCAUGAUUCUCUGUGCACUUAGGGGAAUGGCUAUCAAGAUGCUGAUGAACCAGUGGAGAUUUCUAUUUUAAAUAAUCAUAGUGAUAUAACUGCAGUUUUGCUCAGAAGCAAAAUUUAAUUUUCCAGAAGACUUAAAUACAUGCCCAACAUCCAUUACUGUGAGCUUUCCCACUGAAAUCAGCAAUGUGAUAACAGUGGAAUUAAUGGAGUCUGUUUGCAAUUGCAAAAAGAUUUAAGCACACUGGUGUUUGCAAGCUGGGUACCCAACUCCAUUUAACUCAGCCAGAGAACAAUUGAAUCAGAUGUUGUAAAGAAAUCGUUUCCUUUGUCAGCACCUUGGCAACAAACCAUAAGCCUUUUUCUCCAAAUUACAAAUAUUUCCAGUGAUACCUCUUAUGACUGCCUGUUACAGACACAGGCAAAUAAUUCAUGUCAUCUGCCCUUAUCCAGCUGUCUCUGCAAGAGAGCUAACCUUGCCUUCACAAACUAGCAACUCACCAAUCCUACACAGGAGAGUGCUGUGUUUAAAAAAAAAAAAAAAACAGUACACACAAAUAUAUUGAUUUCUAAAUGUUACCAAGGCUUUCUCCAAAAUCUGGAAAAAUUAACCUAAAUGAUCUUCAGCAAAGAUCUGCUUCCCUCUGGUAAAAAAUGUGCUGAAAUCACAGUAAUUCCCCAUUAUCAUGACAGUGGUGUCCAAAAAUUCACACAUGCAGCAGUAGCUGAGGAUGUAUGUAUUCUGACCUUGUUGGGAAGAAUGAGGUUAAUAAAUCUAUUUAUGGGCUUUCUUACAGAGCAAAUUAAAUUUCUAGUUACUUUUGCCACUCUAGUGUUCUGAAUAAGGCUCAGGCAAAAGACAUUUUAUUCCAGUGCCCAAGUAAGCACUGCAGGAUUUUUUCCUGGAAAGAGCAAAAAAUCCUCAACUACAGAAAUCCACAGCUCUGAUAUUGUGGUGAGCUUCCCAACCGCCCUAUUCCGCCUCAGCAGAUACCACGAACCCACUACCAAUUCUAUUUUAUAUGGCUUUGUGCUAUGGAAGUACUGCAUUAGAAGUUCACAGAAUUUUUCCAGAGCAACGUCUCCAAACCG